AUGUUCGAUUUUCCACGACCGACCAUCCAUAAAACGAUCUACAUUGGUGGCCUGGGUAUGACUGAACCGAAACCACUCGACGAGAAAUUUUCCAUCUUGAUGAAGAAAGGCAAAACGAAAGGUGACACCACUACAAGCACCUUUGUGGAAGGCCUGAAUAACUGCGACCUAGUUGAAUGGCUACCACAGAAAGAUGUUCUAGCCCAUCCAAGACUGCGAUUAUUCGUUAUGCAUGGUGGUAUAAAUGGUUUAAUGGAGGCAUUACUGAGGGCAGUACCGGUAGUGGUUGUUCCCAUUUUCGCUGAUCAAUUUCGAAAUGGAAGAAACGCUGAGAAACGAGGAGUAGGAAAGCCUGGCGUAAAGAAGAAAUUCACAUGUCUUUCCAUGGGCGCUUCCCCUACUAAAGCGGCAAUUGUGGUAAGGUGUUGUCAUAUCGUCGCAAACAACGGCAAUGCGUAA